AUGCCGUCUAAUACUCUCCUCGUCACACUCGCCCUUUUACUAUCUUUGACUGGCUUUUGUCGCUGGCGCCGUAAGGCCCGGCUUCCCUUACCUCCCGGACCAAAGGGAUACCCCAUCGUCGGUAACCUCUUUGACAAGCCCACGGAGUACCACUGGGUCAAGUAUCUCGAGUGGUCGAAGCAAUACGAACUAGACUCAGACGUCGUUUCCUUCCAUGUUUUCGGGCAACCGACCAUCAUACUGAACUCACGCAAAGCCGUCAAUGAUCUCCUCUCAGUCCGCUCUUCGCUUUACUCUGACAGGCGAGCCGAGGAGUACAAUGAUCAACGAGCUGAAUUCACCUCGGGGCGAUUGACAUAUCAAAGGCCGAAGCAGUUACGCCACAUCCAUGGUCUCCUCCGCCGUUUACUAAAGGAGCCAAACGACUUCUUCCACCACAUCAGCUAUUCCUUGUCCACCAGCAUUAUUUCGAUCGCAUAUGGCUUGGACGCCAAGUCCGAGAACGACCCCAAUAUCGAGCGCUGCGAAGCAGCAAUUGGCCAGUUGAGCAAAGCUGCGAUGGACGGGAAUUAUCUCGUUGACGCGCUACCGAUCCUCAAGUACGUCCCUCGCUGGAUGCCGGGUGCCGGCUUCAAAGCCUAUGCGGACGAAGCUCGACCCAAAACUUUGGCAAUGUUGGAUGUUCCUUACUUCGAGGCUCUCAAACGAAUGGGCGAGGGAACAACCGAACAAAGCGUAGUUUCCUCUUGUCUGGCCAAGGUCGAUCAUUCCGGCGAAGGUCCUCCUGCAGAAGAGAUUGCCAGAGACGUCGCUUCGAUUGCCUACCUAGGCGGGUCGGAAACAUCGCAUCUGGCAUUGAAGACAUUCUUCGCUGCAAUGCUCCUGUAUCCCGACGUGCAACGAAGGGGCCAGAAGGAGCUUGACGCCCACGUCGGCUCUCAGCUCCCCACGUUUGACGACUUGCCUCACAUGCCAUACAUACAUGCGAUUAUGUUCGAGGUAUUGAGAUGGCAAGCAGUACUCCCGUUGUGUCAGCACUCCUCUGCUCCACCCAACAUAUCAUACUCAAAAUGCAUUCCAGCGAUUGCACAUCGGCUCACCGAAGACGAUACUUACAACGGAUAUCAUCUACCGAAGGGCGCCACCGUUUUCGCCAAUACUUGGUUCUUCCCCGAUAGAUUCCUGAAGAAUGGUAGAAUUGACCUCAAACUCUGCGACGUUAUGCCAAACUUCGGCUAUGGGCGCAGGAUAUGUCCUGGGCGCCACUUUGCCAUGGACUCGCUUCAGAUGUCGAUUGCCUCAAUUUUGACGGUCUUCAAUAUCGAAAAAGCAAGAGACAAUCAUGGUCAAGUUAUCGAACCUGACAUCAAGUAUAUUUCCGGGUCUACGAGGCAUAUCCGCCCAUUUAAGUGUGCAAUUACCCCUCGCUCUCCAGGGGCCGAGAAACUCGUAAACAACGCCGACCUCUUGUAG